AUGGCGGACAGCAUGGAAGGCGUCGUCGUCGAGGGCGAGCAGCCCAAGGCCGAGAACGUAGAGCAGAAGGCCAUUGCUGACAUCCGGGGCAACUUUGUCCUCCUCGAGCGAGCCGUCGCCCAGUUCGAUACCCGCUUUACCCUACGCGCCCUCCGUUCCAUAUCAUCGCUCCGCAAGAGGCUCACCGACCGUGUACUAUGCUCUGUCAUCAUCCUGACAUACUCCCCAAACAACGCCACAGCGCGCAACUUCAUCGAGUACAUUGGCAUGGAUGGCGAGGCGAUACAGAGCGUUGUAUCCCAGUACAAGGAGGAGGUCCAACUCAACAAAAACAACACCAAGGAGCCCCUGCCCGAGGUGGACAUUUACAUAGCCAUUCUGAUACAGGUCUAUCUCUACGAUCAGAAGGAGUUUGAAGAGGGAGCUGAGUUCGCCGAGACGCUGGUAGACAAGAUCCGAGAGCUAAACAGGCGGACAUUGGACUCGUUAGCAGCCAAGGCCUACUUCUACUUCUCUCUGUUCCACGAGGAAAUGGACCCCAAGCCCCCAUCGAAGCAGUCGCCCGUCAUUCAAAUCCGCGGAAAGCUACUCGCUGCGCUCCGAAGCGCAGUGCUCAGGAAAGACCCAGACACGCAGGCCUCCGUUACCACACUGUUGCUCCGAAACUCCCUCUCGACCGCCGACAUCACACAAGCCGAUCUCCUUGUUGCGCAGACGCAAUUCCCACCACAAGCCCCAAACAACCAGGUUGCGAGAUACUUGUACUACCUUGGCCGCAUACGGGCUAUUCAGCUGUCCUACACCGAGGCACACGAGCACCUAAUCAGCGCCACCCGCAAGUCGCCCUCUGCUCACUGUGCAACAGGCUUCUACCAGGCUUCGAUGAAGCUCCUGGUAGUCGUUGAGCUGCUGAUGGGUGACAUUCCCGAGCGCGAGGUCUUCAGCCAGCCCCGUCUGGAGCGUGCUAUGGAGCCUUACUUCCGUCUCGUUCAGGCAGUCCGCGUUGGCGAUCUACAGGGCUUCCUGAAGGUGGUGCAGACGUCCUCGUCCGUCUUCCAGCGCGAUGGCACCUACACUCUGAUCCUCCGCCUGCGACAAAAUGUUAUCAAGACUGGUAUCCGUAUGCUGUCGCUUUCAUACUCGCGCAUCUCGCUCCGCGACAUCUGCAUCCGUCUCGGUCUUGAGAGCGAGGAGUCGGCCGAGUACAUUGUUGCCAAGGCUAUUCGCGAUGGUGUCAUAGAGGCUUCUAUUGAUCACGAGAAGGGAUUCAUGCAGACCAAGGUUGCUGGCGAUAUCUACGCAACUCGUGAGCCUGGUGAGGCAUUCCACGAGCGUAUCCGGGCGUGCUUGACCCUGCACGACGAGUGUGUCAAGGCAAUGCGAUACCCCAUGAACCAACAUCGUCUGGAGCUCAAGAACGCCCAGGAGGCGCGGGAGAGGGAGCGCGAGUUGGCCAAGGAGAUCCAAGAUGGUGACAUUGACGAGGACGACGCGGGUGGAGACUUUGAAGGCUUGUAG